AGCCAUUCAGUGAAAAUAUAAAAAGUGAAGUUAAUAGCACCACCUACAAAUAUUACUUGCCAUUCUUUGGAUGCAGUCAGCAUGGAUGGGACGUGGCUGCAUACUGUGAUAAUAGCUACUGUAUUACAGAUAAUCUGCUCGAAUCGCGUACAUCAUCACAAGGGGUGCCUUUCAGAAAGAGGUCAGUUUCCUCACGAAGAAUAUUGCGACAAGUACUACGAUUGCUGGAAUGGAAUUGCUCAUACACGACAGUGUUCGGAUGAUUUGUUAUUUAAUCCCGUCACCCUGGUCUGCGAUUGGCCUAGGAACGUGUUCUGUGGUGGUAGAAGAUUAAGGCACAUCGGUAGCCAACUUUGUCCUCGACAAUUCGGCACUUUUCUUGAUCCGUACGACUGUUUUUCCUUUAUCGAAUGUGUUUUCGGCAAGCCCGUAAGGAAACAGUGUGCUCCUGGAACAGCAUUCAACCCAACCAUAUCAGUAUGCGAUCAUUUAGAUCGUGUGAAAUGUUACGGAAGAGAUGUAGUUACGGUCGCUCCACCAACACCUCAAGACGAAUUGGCAUUCCGUUGUCCUUCUGUCAGGGGGUUGUUCCCAUUUUCUAGAAACUGCGCUAAGUUCUGGUUGUGUAGGAACAGUAUACCGGUCCUUCUCGACUGUCCCGUUAAUCAGCUGUUUGAUAUUGUCAAGAAAUCUUGUUUGGAUAAAGAGCAGGCAACGUGCCUCGUAGCUUAAACAAUUGGAAGUAUCGAGGAAUCUAGUUUAAUAUUCUGAAUAAUUUAUGAAUAGUUAAACUUACAAACAACUCAUUCCUCAAAGCGGAAAUGUACGAAGUGUUUCAUCAACGAAAGUUAUGUCAAACGUGGAAAAUUUCUAAACUACAAAGUUCGGGCGUACUUUGUAAAUUUUAUAUUGCUAAUGGAUUUUGCCUUUCGUUAUCUUCACUUGUUAUCGACUGUUUCGUAUUGUAUAAGCUUAUAAUCUAUAUUCGAAAACUGUAAUAUAGCCCAAGCGAAGUAUAAUAAUGUUAUGAAAUAAAGCUUA